GGGCUGCCUGCGCGCUGCAUUUGACCGCGACUCAGUAGCAAAGGAAAAUCCAUUUUCCAUUUUUCUAGACGCGGACACAGGCUCUGAGUAUCGUGUGCGGCGGACGUCCUUGUCCUUCGUGCGUCGUUUGCUCGCACUGGCUGACGGUUUUUGAAAUUUUUGUGCGUGUUAAGUGCAACAAAAAAAUAAUAAGAAUACGUGGAAAACGAAUCGAAUCGAGAUUCUUCGAAUGAAGAGGAAGACCAUCCACAAAAAACCAAAACCAAAAGCAAAAGCAAAUGGGAAAGGCAGCGCAAUAAGGCAGAAAAAAUACUUUGCCUGUGUGUGCAAAAGUCUUCAGCUGCACACGCCGCCCCCUGCUCCAGAGGCGCCUGGCAGAGGCAAGUGGCACCUGGCGAGAGGAGGCCCUAGGAGACAUCAUCGAGCACCAGCCGCCGUCACGCGGAGGCCAUGGAAACGUACUAUGGAUGAAUGGAGGCCCACUGAACAUUUCUGAGGAGGGGAGCAGGAGCAGGAACCGAAACCGCAACCGAAAGGAACCGAAAGGAACCGGAUUCCCAAUCGAUUCAGAGCAAUCUGAAUUCUGAAGUCUGAGAUCUGAGGUCUGAAAGGAAGGAUAUUUUACGGAGCGCCGCGACAGUGUAGGGGCUUCGCUAGUGCUAGUGCGUGCCACUUGGUGGCAAGGGGGCGUGGAACCACCGCAUCUGAUCGAAUCAUGAAGCAUUCAAGUGUUUCCAUACACAAGGACAUGAUGGAAUUCGGCUAACUGCAGCAGAAGCACUGCAGCAACUGUGAUCCAGCUCGAGGAUUACGCAGCAAUCAAAAUUUAAGAGCGCAACCGAACGCACAACCGCAGAAAGCAAUCCGCAAUUCAAGUAUUCCAAUAGCAGUAUCAAAAGCGUAGUUAGAGUAGCGCCCAGUAGCCAUCAUCAUCAGACCAGCACCUCAGACGCAGCGACGGCGGCUGCGAUACCGAGACCCUAGCGGGUGACGCGGCCAUGGAACCUCCCGGUGGGGUGCCGCCCGACAAGGACCGACAGCUAGUGCUCAGAAACUCAGCCCAGUCGGCUCCCGGUUCCGUUCCCAUUGUCGUCGCCGCCCCGAAUGCCGGACACGGAACAACGUCGGCGGCUGCGAACCCUCAGGAGCAGUCCAGCAGUCAAUCCACGCACUUGCCACAGUCCAUUAAGCCGACGACACUGAGCCUGCAACCACAUGGAGGCGUGCAUGCCACGGCCACGGCCACGGCCGCGCAGCUAUCUCCAUCGGCCGCCGCGAACAACAAUGCGGCGGCAACUGCCGCAACGGCUACGAGCAGCGGGAGCGGGAACGCCAACAGCGGCAAUAGUCCUGCGCUGGCGUCCACCGCCACGGCCAUAUCCGCCACAACGCAGGCAGCGACCGCAUUUAGCGGCAGUUCCGUGGGCCACCAUCACUUGCAGCACCACCAGCAUCCGCACGCCCAUUCACAGCCCGCAACGCACCAACAACAACUGCUGCAUGCACUACCCCAUCAGCAGUCCCAGGCGGCGGCACCAGCCACGGCGCCAGCAGCGGCACCAGCAACGGCAACGGCAACGGCAACGGCGUCACACCACCACCAUCACAGCUCCAUCUCCGGGCCUGGUGGUUCGGGCAGUGGAGGACUGCUUGCAGGUGCGGGCAGUGGUUCCGGAGGUGGCAACCCACAGCAAACCAUUGAGAAGCUCUCCCGACCAAUGGCCUUCGACAAGAUGGAGGUGCUGGUGCGCGAGAUGCAGGAUCAAGAACAUGGUGUACCCGUGCGACAACAGAAAAUGUUCCUUACAUCUAUACCAUACGCGUUUAUGGGAUACGAUCUGAUCGAAUGGCUUAUGGACCGAUUGCAAAUUGAGGAAUCGGAGGCCCUGAACAUUGCCAACCAGCUGUGUCUGCACGGGUACUUCUUUCCGGUGAACGACUCAAAGACGCUGACCGUGAAGGACGACUCAUCGCUGUACCGCUUCCAGACCCCCUAUUACUGGCCGUGGCAGCACAAGGCCCCGGAUAACGUGGAGUAUGCCAUAUAUUUGGCCAAGCGAUCGCUACGCAAUAAACAGCGCCAUGCGCUCGAAGACUACGAGGCCGAGGCCUUGUCCUCACUGCAUAAGAAUCUGAAGGGCAAAUGGGACUUUAUAUCGAUGCAGGCCGAGGAGCAGGUGCGCUUGGCCAAGGAGCGCAAGAAGGGGGACAAGAUUGUUGGAGACUCGCAGGAGCGGGCCUACUGGCGCGUACACCGUCCACCCCCCGGCCAGUUCACGCCCCUGGAGCCCUGUCCAGUGCCGUCGCGCGACCGCCAGGGCUUCAAACCCAACAAGAAAAAGACUGUCGACGAUGUACAGCGAGAGGUCGACUACUUGAGCAAGUCCCUGAACCGAACGCGAAUGAAGAUGUCGCAGGCCUGCGAGUCACUGGUCUGCUACUCGGAGACCUUCAGUGAAUACGACUUCUUUCUGCAGCCGGCGCUGCCCUCGAACCCCUGGGUCACCGAGGACAUUACCUUUUGGCAGCUGAACAACACCUUCGUGGACAUUCCCACUGAGAAACGAGUGAAGCGGUGGGCCAUUUCCAUCGAGGAGCUGGUCUCGGAUCCGACGGGUCUGCAGGAGUUCACGACCUUCCUCGAGAAGGAGUACUCGCACGAGAACAUUCGUUUCUGGAUUGCUGUCAACCGCUUGCGUCGAUCCGCCCACUCCCAGGUGGCACGGAAGGUCAACGAGAUCUACGAGGAAUUUCUGAAGCCUGGAGCACCCUGCGAGAUAAACAUCGAUGGAAAAACGAUGGAAAGUGUGCUUCGCGGUCUCAAGAACCCAUCGCGGUUCACCUUCGACUCGGCCUCAGAGCACAUUUACAUGUUGCUACUGAAAAAGGACUGCUACCCUCGCUUUAUACGAUCGGAGCACUACAAGCGUUUGCUGGACACUGGCAUCCAGCCCUCGUACAAGAAGCGUUUCUUCAAUUUCGGAGGCGUCAGCGGAGCCAAGAAGAAGAUGACAGCUGCCCUGUCCAGUCAGCCGAACCUGGGGGAUGCGGGGGGGUCGAAGGGGUCCAGCAGUGCGGCAGGCGGCACGGGCUCCAUGAUGCAGGCACCGCCACCCGGCAGCCUGGCACGGCGUCGUGGCAGCGACCGCAGUCUGACGGGCUCAGCGCAUGAGCUGGCCGUGAUUGGGGUGAACAAGGAGGCAGGUUCCAAGGUACCGCACUCCCAUUCCCAGAGCAAUCUCAGCGAGAUUCCUUUUAGUAGCGAUUCUAUUUAUCGAGGCGAUAUGCCGCAGCCCCAUCGCCACACGGCGAUCAUGGAUGUUGGGAUCUAUGCUGCCUACGGCGGGAAUCGCGAAAGUAGUUUACAGGCACUCCCAGAAAACCCAAAGACGAAGUCCACCGGUCUCGACACGUUGGAGUCCACCACAGCAUUAGCUGGCAACAGUAGCGCCGUUUGUCCGUGGGACGAGCCGGUGGCCAUACUUCCAGCAGCUCAGGUGAAGCUCUCUGUGUGUCCCUGGGAGCAGGAUACUGUGACAGAUCCAGCGCCGGCGCUGGCAACGGCAACGGCACCGGCACCGGCGUCAGCUCCGGUUGCGGUACUGUCCAAGCAGACGGCUGUCACCGUACAGCCACUACGAUUGACAAGCACUUCGUCGGACAGCAGUGAUGUGGCUGAUCGCCUGCAACGAAAUCUAGGCAUUCGACACCAAAACACCGUCGACAGUGGAGAAACGAGCAUCAAACGUCUGACUCCCAACUUUACGGAACAGCGUCGGGCAUCCGUGUCCUUCACUCCAAGCCGCAGCUCCGACUACCAGUUUGGACGCACUGCCGGUGCAUGUCCGUCUACCACAUCCACCACGCCCACCGUAGGAACCCAAAGCGCAGGUGUCGCCAGCAGUAAUCUCACGCCACUGCAGGCUAGGAGUGCCGUCUUUGGAGGUGCCAGUGGCAGCAGCAGCUUCGUUGCAGUUGCAGCUGCCGCCAAGGAUCAACAGCCACUGACUGGCUCGGAUGUGGAAACCGAAGUGGAGGAAGAACUAAACAAGCUGUCACAAGAGUCGUCGACAUCGGAGUUGCCUGUGCUUGUGACUCCCACACCCACACAGACCCCGCCGCUCAUAACAAAGGUCACGCCACCGCCCGAGGAGUACCUCCCCAUCCAAGCAGAUUCGAUGGCAAAUUGCUUGCAACAGCAGCAACUCGUUGAUAGCUGCGUGACACACGGGAAAGACGUGACUGUGGUAAAAGAGAUACAGAUCGAACUGAUCGAGUCGCGUGCCUACGAAAAAGAUCUGGCCGCCACGACGCCCACCAUUAAGGUUCUGGAGCUAGUUGCAACUACUCCAGGCUCCUAUAUCCGCUUACCCUCGGGCCAGAGUCAAGAAGCACUAACAACAACCACCGAGGAUGCCGCAUUGGCCGACGACGACGAAACGGAGCAAGCAGCCCCAGCCCAGGCGCAGGUACCCCUGUCCGAAGUGUCAGAGGCUUUACAAGAUGAGCUUUCACCCACCACCGAUGAGUACCAAGAAGGACUGCAGUUUGGCGGCAACGACACCAAGGACGUGGUCGAUGACUUUGACAGCAUAGAUAGCGACAUACAGCUCGGCUACAUACCGCCUGCUCCCACCCCUGCUCCAUCCAUGGCGCCCCUGGCUGAGUUGGACGUAGACACGAUGGUGGACGAUGAUCCAGCGGACGAGCCUGCCAGCAGUACAGAGCGUCCGGCAGUGGCAGUGGCAGUGGCAGUGGCAGCAGCGGUAGCUCCCACGGCAACAGCAACAGCAACUCCGACAUCCAGCAAUGACGAGGCACGCAAGCGCCGCAAGAAACGAAACUCUGAUGGCAAAAAGCACAGCUCGCAGGAGGACAAGGAUAAGGAUGGUGGAAAAGAUGGAAGCGGAAGUGGCGGCGGCGGCGUCGUCGAUCCGGAACACAAUGCGGUGUGCCCCUGGGAAGACGAGAACGUGAGCACUAGCGAUGGAACCUUCGUGAAGACAUAUGCCACAUUGGGCUACUUAUGAAUAAAACCAAAUCUGUUCAAGACGGUGGUCAACAAGUUGCUGAAAAGGAAGCCGCACAAGCAAAAGUAGGGCCUGGGAUAGUGUUUUAGCUUACUAACUAACUUAUACAUAGUACAUAUAUGUAUACAAUAUGCAUAUAUAUGUAUGUAUGUAUGUGUAUUCUAUAUGUAUGUACGUAUUUGAUUCAUGAGUGUGUGUACAUGUAAUACGUAAUUGUUAAUUGCUUCGUGAGUUUAAGGUGCAGACAGUCACAGUUUCGUUGUUUA